AAGUUGGGCUGUAAAAAUAGUACCAACAAAUUAAACUUUAGUUAUUAUCAUAGAAAAUAUCAUUAAACGAAUUAUUGAAACAAGAUGACGGAAAUACAAACAAUUUCAGCAAAAAAUCUAUGGUCAAAUUUGAACAAUUCUCUCUCACAGUCCAUAAAGAGGAGAUUAACUGACAGAGAAAUUGAAUCUCUUCAUCAUGAAAUAAUUACUACAGAUCAUAUAAUCCCUUUGCAAGAUUUAUGUGCGAAAUUAAAUACAGAUCCGGUGAAUGGUCUUACAGAGAAAGAAGCUAAACAAUUAUUAAAAAAACAUGGACCAAAUGUGUUGUCUCCUCCAAAACAAACACCUGAAUGGAUCAAAUUUUUACUAUGCAUGUUCAGUGGUUUUGCAGCCUUGCUAUGGAUUUGCGCGAUUCUAUGUUUCGUAUUACUCUUUAUCGGUUAUUUAAUGAAUGAAGAACAAACUGGCAUCGAAUGGUUGGGUUUGAUAAUUGUCCUAAUAUGUGUCAUAUCAGGAAUAUUUGCUUAUAUACAGGAAAGCAAAAAUACGAAAGUUAUGGAUUCCUUCAAGAAGAUGGUACCCACUUUUGCGACAACAAUAAGAGACGGAAACAAAAUGCGUAUUGGUACCGAAGAAUUAGUACUUGGUGAUUUGGUCGAGAUCAAACUUGGAGAUAAAAUACCUGCUGAUAUCAGGAUAAUUAAGUGUAAUGGAUUAAGAGUUGAAAAUUCGAGUAUUACUGGUGAAAGUGAACCAGUUAUUCGUACGGAUCAUCCAACAGAUCUAAAUCCUUUGGAAUCUUCGAACGUUGCCUUUUUUUCUUCAUUUGCUGUCGCUGGAGAUGGAACAGGUAUAGUUUUUGCCGUCGGAGAUAAGACGAUGAUCGGUAGAUUAGCGGGAUUAACGUCUUGUGUAAAAAAGACUGAAACACCGAUCGCUAAAGAGAUCAGACAUUUUGUUCAUAUUAUCACAGUGGUUGCUAUUAUUUUUGGUUUAAUUUUCUUCGGACUUUCUCUCAUGUUAGAACCUAAUCUGAUCAAAGCCUUCACAUAUUUACUUGGUAUCAUUAUCGCCAACGUGCCGGAAGUCUUGCUGAUAACAGUGACAACAUGUUUGACCUUAACUGCUACAAAAAUGGCUAAUAAGAAUUGUCUGGUGAAGAAUUUGGAAGGUGUAGAAACUCUUGGUUCUACUUCGACGAUCUGUUCCGAUAAGACAGGAACUCUCACUCAAAAUAGGAUGACAGUGUCACAUCUAUGGUUUGGAUAUAAUAGAUUUUCUUUCUCACCAACGGAAAAGAUCGGUGCGGAAAAAGAUAUAUUGAUGGAAAAACCUGCUUUCAAUAAUGUCUUGAGAGAUGCUACUCUUUGUUUACGUGCUGAAUUCACUGCAGAAAGUACCGUUUUAGUACCGAUUGAACAACGUGAUGUUAUAGGUGAUGCAUCGGAGACUGGUAUACUUCGUUUCUGUGAACACAUACAUUCUACAGAUACAUUUCGUCGAAGAUAUCCGAAAGCAGCUGAAAUUCCCUUUAACUCUACCCUCAAGUAUCAAUUGUCCAUACACCGUGAUGCUAAUUCAUACAUACUGAUCAUGAAAGGUGCUCCAGAAAUAAUCUUGGAAUAUUGUACCACAAUACUGACUAUGGAUGGUCAAACAAAACACAUGGAAGGUCCUGAUAUGAAAACAAUAAAACAUGCUUGUACUGAAUUAGCAUACUUAGGUGAACGAGUAUUAGCUUAUAGCGAUCUUACGUUAUCUGGGAGUGUAUACGGCCCUAAUUACAAAUUUAACACAACCUCUCCGGAUAAAUACAACUUUCCAAUGAAAGGUUAUAGAUUUGUGGGUCUAAUCAGUUUGAUAGAUCCACCUAGACCAGGUGUACCUGAAGCAGUUCAAAAAUGUCGUACAGCUGGCAUAAAAGUGAUCAUGAUAACUGGUGAUCAUCCAGUAACGGCAAUGGCUAUUGCUAGAAAAGUUGGUAUUAUAAGUGAAGGACAUGAAACUAAAUAUGAAAUCACCUUGUUGAGUGAUAGUCAAGCAUCUUUCACGGUUGUGCCUGAUAUUGUGACCGAUGCUGUAAUCAUAACAGGUGCAGAAUUAAGAAAUAUGGACAGCAAUGAUCUGGAUAAUAUUAUUAAAAAUUACGAGGAGAUCGUUUUUGCUCGUACUUCGCCACAGCAAAAGUUGAUGAUAGUAGAAAGUUGUCAAAGACUGGGAGAAAUUGUAGCUGUUACCGGGGAUGGUGUCAACGAUGCACCUGCCCUAAGAAAAGCCGAUAUAGGAGUGGCUAUGGGAAUCACUGGAUCCGACGUUGCUAAAAAUGCUGCAGACAUGAUAUUGAUGGAUGAUAACUUUGCGUCUAUCGUUACGGGAGUAGAAGAAGGUAGAUUGAUAUUUGAUAAUUUAAAAAAAUCCAUUGCUUAUACAUUAACAUCCAGUGUACCUGAAAUGUUACCGAUGUUAGUCAGUCUUUUGUUCGCAAUUCCUUUACCAUUUAUUAUUGAAAUGAUACUCUGUGUUGAUGUUGGAACCGAUUUGAUUCCUGCUAUAUCGCUGGCGUAUGAAAAAGCAGAAUUAGAUAUUAUGCAACGAGCACCUAGAAAUCCUCUAUACGAUAGAUUAGUUAAUAAACGUUUAAUAUCUAUUACGUAUGGUCAAAUUGGAAUGACCCAAGCUGCAGCAGGUUUCUAUACUUAUUUUUUGGUUUUAAUGAUGAAUGGAUUCUUGCCAUCUCACCUAUUAGGAUUAAGAUACGAUUGGGAGAACAAAGCGAUCAAUGAUCUUGAAGAUUCGUACGGGCAAACAUGGACUUAUAAAGCUAGAAUGGAUUUACUCAAUGAAGCACGUACUGGAUACUUUCUUUCCGUUGUUAUAACACAAAUGGUAGAUUUAAUAAUGUGUAAAACAAGACGUAAUUCUAUUUUUCAACAAGGAAUGGAUAAUUGGUUUUUAAAUUUUUCAUUUGUAUUUGAAAUUAUUUUAACAGCAAUGCUUCUAUAUAUACCAGGGACAGAAAAAGUAUUGAAGACUAUGGCCUUAGAUUUAUAUUGGUAUUGGCCUUGUCUGCCACUUGCACUAUUUCUUUGGGUUUAUGAUGAAUUCAGAAGACUUUGUAUUCGUUUGUUUCCAGGAUGCCUUAUCGAACGAGAAACGUAUUAUUAAUUUUUUACAUAGAAUAAGUAGUACGUAUGUAGUUAAUAUUACUAAAUGUUCAAAUUCUAGUUAUUUAAGUAUAGUAUAAUCCUAUUUGUCAUUAUAUUAUUUACUGUAACUUUUUAAAAAUUAAUAAUAGAUUAUUUAUGCUAUAGAAACUAAUAUGUCUGAAUAUUAACAAUACAAUAAAUAUU